GAAAAAGAUGAUAAUUAUAAGUGUUCAUAUGAGAGAUGUGAGAACGAAAUAGUCAACAAAAUAUGAAUUGAAGGCGGAAUUCAAGACAACGCGAAAGUCGACCUACGUAUCCCUAAUGUCAAAGCAAGAUGGCGACAUAGUAUGUGAAUUAAGAAAAGAAGUCGAAAUCAAGAAAAAAAUUGAAAAAUUCUUUUACUGUGGCUUGUGUUAUUUUAUUCCGAAUUAAUUAUUACUCAAAACAAUAAUUUUAUAUACUCAACAUUCCGUACAAUGUUUGUGGCUAACGAUCAACAUGAUACGUUCGGUUUGGUACACGAAAACAAAUGAAGUGUUGUGCGCAGAUAUCAAAAACAAAACAUUUUAACAUAAAAAAAGCUAAAAAGGAAUAAAUUAAAAUCUCCAUUUGGUCCAUCAACUGUUUUGAAUUGGACGUCAGGAACGUCUGUCACGCCUUUGGAGCUAUGUCUUCCCAAAAGGAUACCCAGAGUAGAGGGGACCUUAACUAUGUGCUGAUGCCAGGAGCCGGAAUGCCUUCCACAGUUCAAAAUUCGAAUAACAACAACAACAACAAUAGCAAUAAUAUAAAUGCCAACAUAAAUCCGUCAUCGUUGAGUCUUGCGAACAAUAGUGCCAACCAUGAACAGCCCCAAACUAAACGGCAGAAAAUUGAAAAAAUAAAGCCAUCAACAACAGUUGAAAAUUCGACUCCUGUCUCAAAUAUUUCUACUGCAGCCAUACCAUGCCCUCCGGAUAUAAUUUAUAGCAGUGAUAAGAUUCCUUUGUGUUCCUCCUUGUCGUCCUCGGUAAACUCUAUAGCCACACAAAGUUCAUCGUCAAAUAACUCACCGUCAUCCACCCCGAGUAGUUCGAGAGCAUCUUCGCUAACACAGCUGUUAAGUGUACAAAACAUAGCCACCAGCAUCUUGCCCACAUCCAAAGAAGAUUCAUCCGUAGCUAUACACAAUGAUCACAAUAUGAUAGCAAGUGCCUCAAGUGGCUGUAGUAGCAGUAGUGUGUGUAGUUCCAAUGACCAUUCAGCCGACGAGGUGGAUCGGGUUACACUACCUGAUCUGCUGUCCUUGUCUUCGGCCAGCAACAUCGCCAGCAGCAGUAAUAAAUUACUUAACAAUAAUCUAACCACAUCCUGCCACACUGUACCAAAUACUAACCAUGCAACAACAACAAUACCUGCGCGGGCACAAAGGCUGGAUGAAAUUACCGCCUCCCAGGAUAUGCGGGAAUUUGAAGAAUCUUUGAAUAGACAGUGUUUGUGUGGAGUCUCGGAGCGUAUGCUGCGAAAGCCAUUCCAAUCGCAUUAUUCAAUGGAUGCCAAUGGCCAGAAACGUGUGGCAAACCUAAGUGAAUGGCCGACGAAUAAACUCUUGCAAUUCCUCUCGAAUCUACAGUUACUAUUUGACAUAUAUCUAAAGCAGAACUCCAAGGGCUUUAUAUGUGCGCGUAUCAUGGAUGUUUGUGAUGCUCUGAUACGCAAUGACCACAAUCUCAUCGACGAGAUCAUCGUCCUGGCGGGCUAUAACAAUAUGUAUGUACAGUUUCUGGCCGGACGUGUUCUGGCCUCAUUUCUGGUUAUAGCCAAACAGGAAAUGGACGAUGAUUGGUUAAAGAAACUGGUGGAUAAUCUGUUUAACUUUGAUCGUCUGGAUUAUGUUGCCGUUCAAAAAAUGCACUUUAGCUUGGAGAUAAUUAAACGCAUUGUUGAAUGGAAGGACAUUGAUCUACAUCCCCUGGAGGAAGAGAUUGCCGAAACGCAUAGUAUAUCGGAGCCGACGGCUUCGACAUCUGUGGGGGAGAGUAGACAUGGAUAUUUGCAUUUCCAAACACAACAAACUUCGCUGGAGAGCAAUUACUUUGCCAUGCAUUAUCGUUCUACGGAGAAUAUUGACGAUGUGUCGGCUGCCAAUGAGGGUAGUGGACCUAUUUAUGCCCAUAGCACAGCGGCCAUGCAACAUCAACAACAUCACUUUAAUGGUAUGGAAACGCAUCUAAUUAAUCAUCAUCAUCAUCCUCAGCAUAACACUACAUUGGGUCAAGGCUGUCAUCUGGUCACGCUCACCGACUCGGAAAGUUUUGAUACCACCCAUCUUAAAUGCAUUACCAUCAAAAUACUCGAAAACAAGUGGCCUGCAUUGGUGAAGAAUAUGUCGGCGCUAAUAGCCAAUCAUUUGGAUGUGGAAAAUGCCGAAAACUGCAUCUUGAACUUUCUCCAGCUAUGGGAGAAUAUCAUUUCGGUAAAAGCAAAUCUCUCCAUAGUGGAGACCUUGCCAUUCUAUGCCCAGUUGGAUAAAUUCGAAUUGCUUUUGAACCAGCACCUGUCGUGCACAGUGUACAAACAAAUGUUGUGUCUGUUCAAUGAGGCCCUGUGCUAUGGCUCCACAUUGGCGCUGCAGGAUAUGUUGCCCGACGAAACCUGUAUGUUGGCACAUCAAAUUGUGCGGCAUGUAAAGGAUUUUCGUAUCUUAGAAUCUCUACCUCGUCGACAGCCGGAGAAUAUUGUGGGCUUUAUUGGUUUCAAGCGGAAACCAGUUGCAUACGCCGCCCAGUCACUUCAACAUCAUCCCUAUGGACACGAUGAUGUCAACUCAAGUGCCUUGAAUGCGGCCGAAGUUAUUGAGAUGGACAAGACGAUUUUACAGAAAAUCGUGCUACUCGUCCUGAAGUCAAUAGCCGUUACGGUCAAGGAAAUACGCAGCGAUUCAUCGGAUUCGUCUAUUGAUUCCACGGAUUACGAUGCCUUUCAGGAUAUGGUGUUAAUUGAACGCUCCAUACGAGAUGUUCUGCGCAAACUGGAAUCAUUUAUUAAACACACUCUGGAAUUCCAUCCUGAAUGUCAUUUUAGUAAAAUUCUAAUACAUCUAUUCGAUGAUCAGGACGAUCAUCUGAUUGAGGCCAUGGUGUGUACGCUGGACGUCACGGCUGGCAUAUCAUUUCGCAACAAUGCAUUUCCCGAAUUGGUUUCCAUGUUGAAUCCCGUCUACACAUUCCUAGAGUUCCUGAAAAUGAUAUCGAACAGUUCGGAUUUACUGCUUGAUUUGCUGGUUAGCAAUGAGACGUGUUUCCUGUUGUAUUUGUUGCGCUUCCUCAAGUACAUACGGAUGAAUUGGUCCAUGUUUGUACAGAGCUGCCAUGACUUUGGUAUGGGUGCUAGCACACUGGACGAGGCGAUGAGUGUCUUGAUACGAUUGAGACUGCAAAUAUCAAGGCUGGUGUCGCGCCAGCUGUAUCCCUAUGACAUUUCACCGGUGCUGCGUCUCUUGGAGAGCUGUGAAAGUCUUUACGAAGGUAAUGAGUUGAGUUAGCCGUCGAGCUGAGAGCGUAACAGUAACGUCUUCCAUUCCAAGCAACAUAUCACAAAUCGAAACGAAACAAAAAACUUUCAAUACAAAUGCAAAGUAGUAGUAUUCCAAGCCACUUUUGUAGUUUGAAAUCGAAACAACCGUUGACAAGUACAUGUUCAAAUAUCUUGCCUUUUAGUGUGUAAUAUUUUUUUUUUUUCAUUUUAAUUUUAAUUUUAUUUAAUAAAAAUUACACCAUAAGUAGUUUAGUGUUAAUAAUUUUUAACAAUAGUAAUAAUAAUAAUAAUAAAAUGUACAUUAAAGAAAAAAAGUGAAAGAAAUAAGGAGCAAAUGCUUUUAUCUCUCAACACUUGGAACUAUUAGAUAGGUGACUUUGAGUAUCAUAAUAUCUGGCAAAAAAUGAAAAACUAUUUUAUAUACAAAUUUCGAUAAUGAAAGAAAAAGUGCACAAUAAUGAUUUUUAAUAAUGAAAUUUUUAUAAUAAAAAAACUCUUAAUAUUAUUUAUAUAUAUAUUAUAUAUUUUCGAGAUAAAUGUAAAUAACACAAAUAUAUUUUAUAUAUAUAUAUGUAUCUGUGGUUUUCUGAAGGGAAAAGAACUUGUGUACAUUUUAAGUUAUUGCUGCGAAUUUUUUGUACUUUCCGAGAGCUUUUUGUUUCAUGGCAAGAAUCCAUUUUUAAAAGAAAAAUCAACAGUUUUUGAAAGAAGAAAAGCCUAAAAUCGGAUGUUAAUUAGAAACAUAAAUUAAAACAUCAUCAAUUUUUGGAUGAAAAAUUUAUUUUUUUUGCUCUCCUGAAACUUUAAAAUUUUAAACUUGUUUUGGUUUUUUUUUCGUUUUCAGAAAAUCACAUGUGUAUGCGCUUCACAUAUAUAUAGCAUAGUAUAGUAUUUAGUUUGUUUCAUGAUUUUAGUUAAGGGCCCUAAACAUAAAUUACACCAACACACCCGCUACGUUUAACUACCACAACUACACUACAUUCACUGCUCUUUAUACAUAUUCAUAUCAAAUAGUUUACGAAUAAAAUCCGUAUACAUUUUUUUGUAAAUUGUUUCA